GCAAACACUAUCGCAACUGUACAUGAAUUCGGGCCAACACGGUUCAGCUGCGCAAACUAUUGCCUCUGUCGUGGACUUUAGCUCAGGUCAUGGGCCAUGGCCGUUCUCUCGUGGCUGGGGCGUUCCCACGUGCUUGGCUCAUGGCGAUAAAGAUAUAAAACCUAGGGUGCGCGUCGUGGCCAUCAACAUGAGACGAUCAGAAACAGUGGGAAUCCUGUCUUUCAAGGACUUAGUCACACAAUAUCGUCAAGAUGCAUCUGCGAAGCACCCUCUUGGCGGCCAUGCUCAUGGAGCGUGCGCUCGGCACACCAAUCAUCACCCAAGACCUCAAAGCGACCGUCACCCUGACAAUUCCGAAGGAAACCGCGAAAGCAAAUGUUUACGACUGGUCUGAAGGCUGGAAGCCAUCGUUCAACAUUCACCAGUCUUGCAAUAGCUCUUUACGGGCUCAGCUCCAACAGGGACUUGAUGAGGCUGUUCAGCUAGCCCAACACGCCAGGGACCACCUCUUGCGACGGGGCAACCGCUCGGAGUUCACUCAAAAGUACUUUGGCAACAGCUCAACUGCGAUGCCAAUCGGCUGGUAUGACCGUAUAAUCGCCAGCGACAAAACGGGAAUGCUGUUCCGCUGUGAUGAUCCCGACCGCAACUGCGAAAGUCAGAAGAACUGGGCGGGACACUGGCGGGGUAGCAAUGCUACAUCCGAGACCGUCAUCUGCCCUCUUUCCUUCCACAUCCGCCGCCCCUUGUCCGCAGUGUGCAAUCUCGGAUAUACGGUUGCUGAAUCCAAGCUCAACACGUUCUGGGCGACGGACCUCUUGCAUCGAUUGUUCCACGUGCCCGUCAUCAGCGAGGGGAUUGUCGACCACUAUGCCGAUGAUUACGCCGGCAUCCUGGAGCUGGCAAAGACCAAGUCGGACAAGAGUGGCAUCGACAGCAAUGCCCUCCAAUACUUUGCCAUCGAUGUUUGGGCGUACGACAUUGCCGCGCCAGGAGUCGGCUGCUCGGGGAAGCCGCAGAGCUCCAAGGUAUCGUCGGCUUCGACGCUGGCUCCUACGGCUACUCCAAAGCCGUCCCAAAGCGCGACGAGCAGCGCGCCGACUGAGUGCCACACCCACGCAGAUGGCGUCGUACAUUGCGCUUGAUGACGUCGCAUGAAUUCACCUUGUGUGUGUGACAGUGUGUGUGUGGGAGGGUAGGAGGGGGGCGGCUGGCCCGUUUCUACCCGUUUACAUAGCCUGCGACCAAGUACAGAUCACAUGGUAACGGUCCUUUGACGAGGCGUAGAAACAGGAGUACAUAGCAUAGACUGGUUCAUGAAAUAUGACACAUUCACUUGAAGC